UUUGACGAUAUUAUACGAUGUUAACUUUCACCAGUCAACAAAUCAAUUUGAAUCAAUGUUCACGAAAUUACGAUUAUCGCGGUGUUCGUUUCUUAUAAUCUUGUAAUGAUGCCGGUUGUAGUUGCUGGCGAAACGUCGUACUCGGAUUGUAAAUGUUGUGGAUUUGCUCCCCAACACACCGGUGUGUUGCACUAGUAACGAAUUGACAUGUUCUGUUUACGUGGCAAACCUUACUAAUUGGCUGUGUCGGGUGGUGGCGGGUUUAACGACACAUUUAUAUUUACGCGAUCUAACCCCAAAAAAACGUGUAUUAUUAACUUGUAAUUGUAUUUCAGACUUUUACAGUAUUUUUUGGUGCUUGCUGUACUAUGCAUGUCAAGAUUACUUAAGAGUCCCUUAACUCCAGUUCACUCAAUAUCAGCCUGCCAUAAACCUUGUAAUCACUGCAACUUUACAAUCUGUAAGACUUAUAACACAGCCUGUCAGACAAAAUUAAUAAAUAAGUGUAUGACCAAUGCAAACGAUUAUAAUUGCUUUGUCAUUUAACCUGGAAAAUAUUUAACAAAUGAUUAGCUGGAUAUUGAUAUGUUUACACCCUCAGUUAUUCCAUUUGCUUUUGCAUAUUUGUUCAAAAUUUUAAAUAUAGAAUAUAUUAUGAAGUAUAAAAUGAGCAAAAACAACCUUUAAAAAAAGUACGUUUGUCAAAGAAUUUGUAUCGUACCAUUUAUCAUAUCGCCAUAUUGUGGCAACUCAACUAGCCGUGCAAUAUCGGAAAGAGAUUUUACUUUUAUUAUUUAAAUGUACAACAACUCACCUGAACAAUGAUUGGAAUUGUAUCCAAAUAAAACAAAUUCAUAGCAGAUCCAUGUGGACAAAAAAGGUCAAGGUUGUCAUUCCUAGUUUGGAAUAAAAUCCCAAUAAUGCUCUCCUUUUAAUCUUUAUUGAGGGAUUUACUUUCAGGAAGCUGUGUGAAGGCUGCUGGCCUCUGGUUCCUCCCUCGGUGGAGGGUUGCUCCCUGGGGAGCUGCUGCCUCCAGACCCCUCCUCCGUCCCUUGAGAGUCGGUGCUCCCCAUCUCUUCUCCUCGUGCCGCGGCUCCCUGGGUCCGCGACCCCACCCCCUCCAUAUCCUCCCUGUGACGCGUACUCGGGGCUGGCACUCGGCCGCCUAGAAUUAAUUUCCUCGUCUCCUCGUGUUCACUCCUACAAACGUCAGUGGGAGGCUCCCCGCACGGACACGCAGCCACCCAAAAUCCGACGCCGCUACUCUCCCGGGGCCGCGCACCAAUCGUACGCGCAGAACGUGGGGUAAGGGGUUAAAGGGCAGUGACGUCACUCGCACGCGCCGCCGCCGCAGGUGCGCAAUGGAAAGGGCCCACAGGGCUCCGGGGUGGUUUAUUCGGGAUGGGCUUUAGGACGGGUAUCAUUCAGGGGCUGCUGCCACACGCUCACAACGAGCCACACGCAUGGGCGAGCGCAAACACGUGGGCAAAUACGCACUCGCACGCAAACACAGGGUACAACGACGCAGGAACCCCGGUCGGGCGCGCACACAACGGCCGCCUCAACAGAGUUACCCGCGCGCAAAUCUCCGUGCCACGACGAGCGGAAUCACACCACCAUGCGCUCUUCCCAAACUCGCAGAAACCACACGACAAGGUUAUUGAUCACUAACAGUUUAUUCUCGGCGAGUCCGAGGCUAAAUAUUACGUAGCCCGGAGUCAAUAUUAGUAGAAUAACUAACCUAUUCCCGACGGUCUGAGACCCAAUUUGUCACGUCUAUUUCGAAUUAACCUCCCUAGGCUUUUACGCUUAAAUCCCAACUCUCUCUCGUACUCACGGUUCGCCUCGGAUGCGCAGGUCGUCGAGGAGAGACGAGGCUGCACGAGGUUCUUGCUGGGAGCGGGGCCUGGCCGCGCUGAGACUCGUCACACGGACGACCCAGUGGCCGGCAAGCUGACUGCUCUGAUGGCUGACUUGAGGAGAACGCGAACUGCCCAUCGUCGCUCUCCUCUCCCAUUUUAUCCUUCUCUACAUCAAAGAAUCCCUUGGCUAACCCGCGAUCCUUCACGGCCAUUGGCGCGCCCCCUUUCGGUGCCCUCAGCGCCGUCCGCUUGCCUCUUUACACAUCAAAGGGGCCGCUGCUGGGCCGUUGCCAUUGGCCGUGGUGUGCAAGCAUACUUUUCCAGCCAACCAGAUGUUUCACCUGGUGCUCGUGUGGACCUUCAGGACCCUAACCUGCCAGCCAAUCAGACGCCUACCCGGCUUAUCCUGCCUCCUGUGUGCUCUUAGCCCAUCGUUCGUGGCACCGUCCACCUCCUACCUGCCGUGCUCUUGUGUAUCCUAACCGCGGUGACUGAGUAGCCUCGUCGUGACCAUGCAAUUGCACGUCAAUUCACGGCUCCGUGGUGUAAUUCAACCUGGGGGAAGUCGGGCAAUUCCCUGGCCCCAGGAAACCGUGGGGGAUGUCCCUACGAGGAGGGCCCCUGGGUGUAAACCUGGAGGCCAGGUGACUUCCCCACGAGGUCCUACGUGGGGGUGUGUUGUGUGUGUGUUGUGUGUGUGUUGUGUGUGGUGUGUGUUGUGUGUGUGUGUAGUGUGUGUUGUGUGUGCUCAUUUGGGGGGUGGUGAGGGAGAAGCAGCGUCGGCCCGGACGUUUUCUCGUGGUGGCGUCGCAGGUACGGCUCAGGUACGGCUCCGACGGAGCGGCUUGGCUGCUGUGGUACCACAGCUGCUUUGGCCAUAAUCUGACAAUUUUAUUUAAACAAUGUACACGUACAGUCCUUUUGUGAAAGCACUGCUCGAUGAGAACCUCCUCUCGCACACCAUGCAGGUUAUGACUAUUAUUUCGCCUUCAUGUUCAGUGAGGGUUGGUGAACACAGGGAGAAUAAAAGUAGGAGCAUUUUAAUGUAAUAAAACAAUGAAUGUGGCUGCAUUGGCCUUUGCUACCCACAACAUAGCCCAACACCCUAUAAGGAUUUUCUGUGCACCGAUCCAAGUACUAUCCCGACUCAACCCUGCUUAGCUUUUGAGAUCUAAUAAGAUUGUAUUGCAGAUUAUUUGGACAUAGGCACAUUUAAACAAUUAUAUACAAUAUUCUAAAAUAGUACAGCUGCUAUGGCUAACAAUAUAUAUGUAGAGUUGUACAUUGUAGUAAGAGGUGGAUUACGAUCAAAUGUUUUUCUUAGAUAAACCGAAAAAAAUCAUCCGUUAUUGCAACAGUAGCUUUUGAUUGUCGCACAAUGGCACUCAAACGUUGUUUUUACACAAUUGUUUCCAGUAAGGAAACAACUUGUUAUGAAAGCUAAGAAAAGGAAAUCUUUGCGAUGUCCAAACUGUCUGAUGCAGACCACUGAUUAGAUGUUGGCUCAUGCCAUAUGUGCUUUAUAAGAAAAAGACAGCCCCUGGGUAUAACUGCUCUGGGUUCUCACCUGGGCUUGAGUGCAGACACCAUCAUGGCUCUUUCUCAUGCGCUGCUGCUAUUGCCGCUGCUGGUGGUGACUGGGCUCUGUGUGCUCGUGUCCGCCGAUCAAUAUUGUCCCUCCUGCAGACGCGUUUGCUGCAGGAAUGGUUCAAAUUACUACUGCUGUUACAAUGAAAAGGCUGAGAAUGGUGGGGGUCUGCGUGUGAGAGUGGUGUCAGUGAUGCCAGCACAGGCCAGCUGCUCGGGUUCUGACUGCUCAUCCGAUGGAGAAUCUUCCUUCCCCAAGGGCUCAUGCUGUAGCGACGGACAAUCGUGCUGUGGCGAAGGAUUCACCUGCAACAACUUAGUAGGAGUCAACCUUUGCCUCCCCAAAGACAUCUUUAAGGACCCAGUGCUCGACGACCUGAGCCGUGAGCAGCAGGAUGGUUGCACGGACAACAGCGAAUGCCCUGACGGGAGCGAGUGUCAGGGCGCGAGUGGCGACCUUAAGGGGCAGUGCGUGAACUCAGCCGCCCUCAUCCCCUGGUUGAAGAAGGAGGCUGCGCUCUCAGGCCCUGUUGGAGACAACCUCGUGCACUGUGGAGGAGGCCAGUACUGCAGGCGUUGGCAGACCUGCUGUCGGAGCCGUUGUGGCAUGUGGGGCUGCUGCAACGGGAGGAGGGCAACGUGCUGCUCUGAUGGGAUUCACUGCUGUCCUUCGAUGACCCGGUGCCUCGUUCCAUAUCGUCUGUGUAGCAGGUCCAGCGAGGCCUUGUCUGGUGUGGCAGUGCUCGACUACCUGAGCCGUGAGCAGCAGGACGGCUGUGCGGACAACAGCGAAUGCCCUGACGGGAGCGAGUGUCAGGGCGCGAGUGGCGACUUUAAGGGGCAGUGCGUGAACUCAGCAGCCCUCAUCCCCUGGUUGAAGAAGGAGGCGGCGCUCUCAGGGCCUGUUGGAGACAACCUCGUGCACUGUGGAGGAGGCCAGUACUGCAGGCGUUGGCAGACCUGCUGUCGGAGCCGUUGUGGCAUGUGGGGCUGCUGCAACGGGAGGAAGGCAACGUGCUGCUCUGAUGGGAUUCACUGCUGUCCUUCGAUGACCCGGUGCCUCGUUCCAUAUCGUCUGUGUAGCAGGUCCAGCGAGGCCUUGUCUGGUGUGGCAGUGCUCGACUACCUGAGCCGUGAGCAGCAGGACGGCUGUGCGGACAACAGCGAAUGCCCUGACGGGAGCGAGUGUCAGGGCGCGAGUGGCGACCUUAAGGGGCAGUGCGUGAACUCAGCCGCGCUCAUCCCCUGGUUGAAGAAGGAGGCGGCGCUCUCAGGGCCUGUUGGAGACAACGUCGUGCACUGUGGAGGAGGCCAGUACUGCAGGCGUUGGCAGACCUGCUGUCGGAGCCGUCGUGGCAUGUGGGGCUGCUGCAACGGGAGGAGGGCAACGUGCUGCUCUGAUGGGAUUCACUGCUGUCCUUCGAUGACCCGGUGCCUCGUUCCAUAUCGUCUGUGCAGCAGGUCCAGCGAGGCCUUGUCUGGUGUGGCAGUGCUCGACUACCUGAGCCGUGAGCAGCAGGACGGCUGUGCGGAGAACAGCGAAUGCCCUGACGGGAGCGAGUGUCAGGGCGCGAGUGGCGACCUUAAGGGGCAGUGCGUGAACUCAGCCGCCCUCAUCCCCUGGUUGAAGAAGGAGGCGGCGCUCUCAGGGCCUGUUGGAGACAACCUCGUGCACUGUGGAGGAGGCCAGUACUGCAGGCGUUGGCAGACCUGCUGUCGGAGCCGUUGUGGCAUGUGGGGCUGCUGCAACGGGAGGAGGGCAACGUGCUGCUCUGAUGGGAUUCACUGCUGUCCUUCGAUGACCCGGUGCCUCGUUCCAUAUCGUCUGUGUAGCAGGUCCAGCGAGGCCUUGUCUGGUGUGGCAGUGCUCGACUACCUGAGCCGUGAGCAGCAGGACGGCUGUGCGGACAACAGCGAAUGCCCUGACGGGAGCGAGUGUCAGGGCGCGAGUGGCGACCUUAAGGGGCAGUGCGUGAACUCAGCCGCCCUCAUCCCCUGGUUGAAGAAGGAGGCGGCGCUCUCAGGGCCUGUUGGAGACAACGUCGUGCACUGUGGAGGAGGCCAGUACUGCAGGCGUUGGCAGACCUGCUGUCGGAGCCGUUGUGGCAUGUGGGGCUGCUGCAACGGGAGGAGGGCAACGUGCUGCUCUGAUGGGAUUCACUGCUGUCCUUCGAUGACCCGGUGCCUCGUUCCAUAUCGUCUGUGCAGCAGGUCCAGCGAGGCCUUGUCUGGUCUGCAGGUUCUAUGAAGGAUGCAUGGCACAUGCCACCUACUGCACAAUGCACAUAACAUGCAUUCUACAUAUUAAGUAUGGCAAAUAAUUAUAUUGCAUUCAUAUUGCGCCUUAAAUGCCUCAGCAACUCAAAGCACCUAAUUUCACAUCUGAUUUCAAACGUGGCAGCGGUCGCUUUGUGGCACCAGUUAAGGAGUGGGUAUUAGAAUCAGAAUCUUUAUUCAUUUUUGAGAAAUACGGUGAGUUAUGAAGCUCCUCAUCACAUGUCCAGUCUGAGCGGGUCAGAAAGUUACAACAAGAAGCAAUGCAAAACAAGCAAUGCAAAGUGUAAGAAAGGUAAGAAAAACACAAAAAAUAAAUAAAUGAUAGCUCAACCAACAGGCUUAACACGUGGAAAUUUAUAGCAGCCAAAUAACGCAAGUCUGCUUGUAGGUGGAAAUGAUUGCCUCAAUGAAGUACAUAAUUGAGUGCAUAAUAUGCUGGUAAACUUGCGAAAAUGGGAAAUAUUGACCAUAAAUCGAUACAAUGGUCUAUUCAUUUCCAUUGACGUCAGGGGAUCUUCUACACCCCCCACGAAGCAGACGGAAUGUAUUUAUGUUUAAUGCACACGCGGUAUUAACAAGCCUCGUUUGCCAGAUUAAAAUUGCAAACCUCUGCAACUAGUGGCGAACGCGCUACUGCUGGGGCUGUAUCGCCGCGCAAUAAAUUUUGCCAUGCUGCAACAAGGCAAAGCGGCACAGUGAUCUAUUAAAUGCUGUGCUGUCUUUUUUUAACAAACACAUAAAUGGCAUCAAUGAUGUUCACAGGCUUCAAGUAUAGUUGAGCACCCUCUGCAUGCAGUUCAGUUCAUUGUUGAGCACCUCGUUUUAAGUAACAUCUCACCGAACGUCUUCAGUUCGCAGAAGAGCAUUGUCAAAUAUCUAAUUUGCUGUUUUCUACCACGAGAUUUUCUGAUACAUUGUAAUCUCGUGAAUGCAGAGCGACAUAAACCCCAAACACCUCACAAUCCUCUCAUCCCAUGACAUUCACAGCAAUGCAAACACAGUCACAGAAGCGCAUAAUACUAGCUUAUGACACCUUCUAACAUAUGGGUGAAGCUUUUUACGUGAUCUCUAUUUUAAAGACGAAUCGGCAUGUAAUUGUGUUCGUGUGAUUAUUUUGCUUGCGAUAUUCAUGAUUUAAUAAAGUUGAUUUUUGAAACACAUUUCUUUGAAAACAGUGAAUGUCACGAUAGACAACUGUGCUUCUCAACAGAUUUAUAAAUUGUUGCUUCAAUAAAAUUGUAUUCACAA